UCCUCUCCGUCCUCUCUCUCACUCGUGUUCGUGUCAAACAGGCCGUGCUCGUGCUCGUGUAUCCGCCCGCAUACCAUUUGAUACCAUUAGAUUUUCAUCCUUUUCAAUGAAAAUACGCGUUGCCCUCGGGCUAAAUGUGCCGGGAAACAUCGUGUUGAUCAUCUAGACCCACAUUUGUGCAAGUGUCAACGUCAGACCAGAUCGAAGCGAUAAUAGUAGAGCAAGAACGCAUUGACACUUGCGAAAGAACCAACAUUGAAGGCAUCAGUCUGGUGCUUGUUCAUUUGUAAAUAUACACGUGCCGCACUACACAAGUGCAGUUCUCACUUCUGGGGGCUGCCUCUGAGGAAAAAGAAAGCUUCACCAGGGGAUCGUAGCAUGUCGGCAGUUGAGAGUGCCUUGGAAGUCCUCUCCAGGGCAGCAACGAUGGUGCAAGUCUUUGAUGUGUCGUCGAGAGGCAAGAGAGAUGGAGAUCUCGAGCAGGCGAAGAUGCCUCUGGCAGCCCUGGCUCAAUUUCGAGAGCCUUCGACCCUCCUGUAAGUCGAGAGAAGAAAGACCGAAGGCGACAAGUUUACACCGGAAGCCAAGCAGUGCCUGGAGGAAGGAACGGAGGAGAGACCCAAUUCAAAGUGAAGCCCUUGACAUGUCUGCUGCCAGGGUACAUCACAACAGGCCCAGUGUUAUCGUACCCACGGCUCCUCAACCAGGUACGACCAUGGAGGACACUGCUGUUACGCCCACGGCAAGCGUAACACCAUCUGCUGCAACCAGGGGCCAAAGAACUGGAAUCAGAAGUUCUGGUGUAGUCAGUGAUCCGGCGAUAGACGAGCAUUUUAAAAGAUCUUUAGGAUUGAAAGAAUAUGCCGCCGUUUUUCACGCGACCUCCAACGACAAGGAUGCUGGUCUCAGUGUCGAUGACCACUUUGCCAAAGCCCUCGGCGAGACCUGGACAAGGUUGCAGAAAACAGGUCGAAACAAGGACUCCACUUAACCUGAAGCCUCCGUCCAUGCCAGAGGUUCAAACCCUAAAAAUGCAGGAAGUCUACUCGUGUUUCCAUUCUAAUUUUGAAAGGAUAGGUUCCAGUUAACUUUGUAAUAGUAGGUAUCGUUAUUAAAAAAAAAUACUACUGAAUGUUGGACUACACUAGAGUUCAAUCAUACCCGAACGUUCUGGUUAAUUUCAAAAUUCUUGUCGUCAAUUGGGACGAAAAAUGAUUUUUCUCUGGGUGCUGAACCGAGAAAGUUCUUCCAGCACCAAAGCCGAACAUAAUUUGAGAUUAAAAUUGAAGAUUUCGUGCCAGAUGAAAUGGCGAAUUUUCACCUCUUCAAUUUUCUGGCAAAAGCUACUUCCAUAAUAAAAUAGUGACGCUUCAAAGCUCACUAAGGCUGUUUUUGAUUCGAGUCGAGAAUCUCGAGAAAUUGUAAAUAGACGCUCUUCGACAUUCGCGUCAAUGCCGUAGUCCACGUGCGGAAAAGUAGGCAGUUAUUUAUUACUAAAUUUGUACUUCCUUGCAAAUGUUACAAGUUUAUAGACACCAGGUCGACGAUGUCUCUGUAUUUAUAAACCUGCAUCGUUCUAUAUUAUGUAGAUCGUAAAUAUAUUAUAAAUAUGUUGUAAUUAUAUACGUGGAGAGUCUAUAAUAAUAAUUAUUGUUAGGACAUAGUUUUAAGCUACUCGUGUGAAUGAAUCUACUCAUUUAUGAAUCCACUCAUUUAUGAAAUAUGAUGCAAAUGAUUCCUGCUGAUUUUAUGAGGUGUUGUGUAUUCACAAAAAAUCCAAGACUGGAAGAAUGAGAGAAAAAUGAAAACAAUUCCAUGAGAAUCAUUAAAGAAUCUACUCAA